AUGGUUGAGGUGGGACUGCCGUUUGCUCUGCCGCAGCACUACGAAUUGGAUCAGGUGACAAAGAAGAUCGCAAACGUUGAAGGUGCUCUAGACGGCACCCGCAACUACCACGGCAUCACCGAGCAGGCCCUACUCGUCCAAGAGCUCAUUUCUCUACGUAAGAAGGAAGAGCAGAUCCGCGAGCUGCAGCUGUUCCUUCUCAAGAGCUUCGGAGCCCCGCCCAAGCAGCUCGGCGGGGGGGCAACGGCAACCGGCUCCGCGACGGCGGCCAGCCUUCGCGAGAGCACCGCCGCCGCCGCCUCCGCAGCCGCGGCUAACCUCGGCUCUCGAAACCACCACAGCAACGGCAACAGCAGUAGUAACGGCCGGUUGCAGGGGACCGCCGCCGCUGCUGCUGCCGGAAGCGGCGGUGGCGGCAAGAGGAAGCGCGCGGCGCCGCCGUACUCUCCUUCCACACCACAGCGUGACGGCGGCGGCGGCGGCAGCGGCGGGGGUUUCAGCGACGACGGCGGUUUCAUGGACGCGGGGGGGUCGGACUCCAACGACGGAGGGGCUGCCACUGCAGGGCUGCCGUCGCCGCAGGCGGAAGGCCGGAGCGGCGGCCGCUUCGCUAGUAACGGCGGCGCCACCGCGGCGACGGAGCCGUCCCCCCACACGGGCGGUGGCGGGGCCGGCAGGGUUUCUACCACCGCCGGCGGCGUGCCCUCGUCGGCGUGGGCCGGCGACGUGUGGCGCGUGAUGCCGUGCAAGGUGGACGGGUGCAAGAAGAGGCCCAGCUUCGGGGGCGUGGGGGAACUCAAGGCUUCGUACUGCGGGACCCACAAGUUGGCCGGGAUGACGCUCGUCAACCGGAAACGGAGGUGCUCCGAGCAGGGGUGCAUGAGGCAGCCGCUGUACGGAAACGACAGCGAUAGGAUCCCGCUCGCUUGCGGCGGGCACCGCACGGAGGGGAUGGUCAACGUCACUCACCGACGCUGUGCUGAGCCGGGGUGCACGAUCCAGCCGGUCUACGGCUACCUCCCGGGGUCCGUCCCCGGGACGUCUCCCAACGAAGACGAAAAGUUCUUGCCCAAGUACUGCGCCGGGCACAAGAAGGACGGCAUGGUUGACCGUUCUCGCCUGGGAUAA